ACUGCGUGUGCGAGCCAUCUUGCUGUGCACUCCUGCUUUCUCCACAUAUCCUUGCAUCACACCAACCAUUAGCGACUUGGCAUUGUAGCGCAUCAUCGCUUGACACCCCUCCCCGAGUUCGACCUCUCGGUAUAUCUGUCCACUCCCCUCGCAAGCGGCCUGUAUCGGCGCCCUACACUCCAUCGCCCCUUGAGGGCUUCAUCGCCGAUUCACAAUGUCGGGCAAUAACCCAUUUGAUGACAUUCUGGCGCCGCAACCACAGAAGGCGGCGAACCCUCUGGCCAAUGACCCCUUCGGCGACGACAACGAGCCUGACCUCAUCGGCGGCUCCAAUCGGAGACACUCUCAAAGCGCCCAGAAGGCGGCGGGCACAUCUCGUGACGAUGGCAAGAGUGGUUACGCGCUGGAUCCCUUCUUCGACGAUGACGACGACUACGGACACCCCGCGCAGACUUCGGGAUAUAUGCAGCCGAUCGCGAGCACAUCUUCGCGCACUGGAGGGCAGUCGCUGUUUGACGCCGACCAACCUUUCGCGCACCGCGGCGCAGCGCCAGCCGGGUACGGCGGGUCAUCAGCUGGUAAGAAGGACUACCUGGGUGGCACAAACGAAGACCCAUUCGCCGAUGAUGAGGCCGCGGCUGCAUACACGUUCUCUGCGCCUUCAGAUGGCCCGUACGCUGUCCGCAAGCGACGAGGCCGGUGGCAACGCCUCAAGGACGACUACCUGACCGACAUUGACUGGAGUUUCGGCGUCGAUAAGCUUCUCAGGCGCAAGAAUAAGUUUGAUGGCAUCCCACGAGAGGUGCUUCUGAAUGAUCCGGAAGGCAACCGAGUCAAGGGUUACGAGAACAACUCCGUGUCGACUGGCAAGUACGGCCCAUUGACGUUCCUCCCAAAGUUCCUGUUCUCCGAGUUCUCGCGAUCCGCAAACUUGUUCUUCCUGUUCACGGCAUGCAUCCAGCAGGUGCCUGGGGUAUCGCCGACCGGUCGCUGGACGACCAUCGUACCUCUCGCCGUCGUCCUCAUUGCGUCGGCCUUCAAAGAGAUCAAGGAGGAUCUGAAACGUCAUGCGCAGGACCGCUCAUUGAAUUCAAGUCAAGCAUUAGUUCUUGUCAACGGCCAGUUUGAGGCACGGCCAUGGCGCCGCGUUCGCGUCGGCGACAUUCUGCGCCUCGAAAGCGACGGUUUCAUACCUGCCGACAUGGUACUCAUCAGCAGUUCUGAGCCCGAAGGCUUGGCGUACGUGGAGACAGCCAACCUCGACGGCGAGACCAACCUCAAGAUCAAGCAAGCACAUCCAUCGACCGCGAACCUCACUACACCGCAAAGCGCCUCAAUGCUACGAGGGCAUCUUAUGUCGGAGGCGCCCAACUCAUCGCUCUACACGUACGACGGCACCUUUAACCUGUCGUCUGCACAGCCUGGCGCCGCUCCCACCAAGAUUCCCGUUGGGCCGAACCAGGUUUUGCUUCGUGGGGCUCAGCUGCGCAAUACGGGCUGGGCGUACGGAAUUGUCGUUAAUGCUGGGCACCAAACCAAGCUGAUGCGCAACGCCACGGAGCCGCCCAUCAAGCGCACGGCCGUUGAGAAGCAGGUUAAUAAACAGAUCCUCUACCUGUUUGCUCUGCUGCUCCUCAUGUCUAUCGUCUCUGCCAUCGGCAACAGCAUCCGGACAUGGUUCUUCUCAGACCAGGACUGGUAUCUCGGACUCGGUCAGGGCAUGCCCAAUAAGGCGCGCCAGUUUGUCGAGAACAUCCUCACUUUCAUCAUUCUCUACAACAACUUGAUUCCAAUUUCGCUCAUCAUGACCAUGGAGGUAGUCAAGUUCCAGCACGCUUCCUUCAUCAAUUCGGACCUUGACAUGUACUACGCCAAGACGGACACACCCGCGGUGUGUCGCACCUCGUCACUUGUUGAGGAGCUCGGCCAAAUCUCGUAUAUCUUCUCGGACAAGACGGGCACGCUCACGUGCAACGAAAUGGAAUUCCGCGAGUGCUCUAUUUUCGGCGUGCCAUACGCGCAGACCGUCGACGACAACAAGCGCGAGCAAGGGCAGAAGACCUUUGAGGUUCUCCGCCAGCGCUCUGAGGAGAACACUCAGGAGGGAGCCGUUAUUCGCCAGUUCCUCAAUCUUCUGGCCGUUUGCCACACUGUCAUCCCCGAGGUCAAAGACGGCAAGAUGGUUUACCAGGCUUCCAGUCCCGAUGAAGCGGCCCUGGUUCAAGGUGCGGAGAUCCUUGGCUAUAGGUUCCACACACGCAAGCCCAAGUCCGUGUUUGUGGACGUCAAUGGGCAGGAUGAGGAGUACGAAGUCCUGAACGUCUGCGAGUUCAACUCUUCACGCAAGCGCAUGUCCACCGUUGUGCGCUGCCCCGACGGUAGGAUCCGUUUGUUCUGCAAGGGAGCGGACACGGUCAUCUUCGAGCGUCUCGGGCCCAACCAGGAGUUCUCAGAGGCGACGCUCGUUCACCUUGAGGACUAUGCAACUGAGGGCCUGCGCACUUUGUGCCUCGCCUAUCGCGACAUUCCCGACGCCGAGUACAACGAGUGGGCGCAGCUCUACGACAACGCCGCCGCGCAAAUGCAAGGACGUGCCGAAGCACUUGACAAGGUUGCCGAGAUUAUCGAGCAGAACCUCGUGCUGCUCGGUGCGACGGCUAUUGAGGAUCGGCUGCAGGAUGGCGUGCCCGACACAAUUCACACGCUGCAGCAGGCCGGCAUUAAGAUCUGGAUUUUGACUGGCGACCGCCAGGAGACUGCCAUCAACAUCGGCCUCUCGUGCCGCCUGAUCUCCGAGUCAAUGAACCUCGUCAUCAUCAACACGGAGACGCAGGCUGAAACGGUAGACUUGUUGAACAAGCGAUUGUUCGCGAUCAAGAAUCAGCGUAUGGGCGGCGGUGACGUUGAGGAGCUCGCACUUAUUAUCGACGGCAAGAGCCUGACUUUCGCACUCGAGAAGGAGUGCUCUGAGACUCUCCUCGAGCUGGCGGUCAUGUGCAAAGCGGUUAUCUGCUGCCGUGUUUCGCCAUUGCAGAAAGCGCUCGUCGUUAAGCUUGUCAAGAAGUCGACCACCUCGCCGCUACUCGCCAUCGGCGACGGCGCCAACGACGUGUCUAUGAUCCAGGCCGCGCACAUUGGUGUAGGCAUCUCUGGCGUCGAAGGCCUGCAGGCUGCGCGCUCGGCCGACGUCGCGAUCUCUCAGUUCCGCUUCCUCCGCAAGUUGCUCCUCGUCCACGGAUCGUGGAGCUACCAGCGCUUGUCCAAGCUCAUCCUCUACUCGUUCUACAAGAACAUCACUUUUGCUCUGUGUCUCUUCUGGUACUCGUGGUGGAACGAUUUCUCGGGACAGAUCUCGUACGAGGGCUGGUCGAUGUCAUUCUACAACGUCAUCUUCACCAUCCUGCCGCCCCUCGUCAUCGGUAUUUUCGACCAGUUCGUCAGCGCACGCAUGCUGGACCGGUAUCCCCAGCUGUACCAUCUGGGUCAGCGAAAUGCCUUCUUCACACCCGUCAAGUUCUUCGAGUGGGUCGGCAACGCGCUGUACCACUCGGUCCUGCUGUUUGCGUUCACGUGCCUCGCUUUCACGGGCGACCUCAUCUCGUCGGACGGCAAGGGCUCCGGUCUCUGGGUGUGGGGCACGACGCUGUACAUGGUCGUCCUCCUCACCGUACUCGGCAAGGCGGCGCUGAUCUCCGAUCUGUGGACCAAGUACACCGUUGCCGCGAUCCCCGGCUCCUUCAUCUUCACGAUGAUCGCGCUGCCACUGUACGCGUUUAUUGCGCCGCUCCUCAAUUUCUCAAUCGCGUACAAGGGCGUCGUGCAGCGCCUGUGGUCCGACCCCAUCUUCUGGUUCUCCCUCUUCCUCUUCCCGCCCCUGUGCCUGCUUCGAGACUACGCGUGGAAGUACUACCGCCGCACGUACUACCCACUCGACUACCACAUCGUGCAAGAGAUCCAGAAGUUCAACCUGUCCGACUACCGGCCGCGCCAGGAACAGUUCCAGAAGGCCAUCAAAAAGGUGCGCGCCACACAGCGCAUGCGCCGCCAGCGCGGUUUUGCGUUCUCGCAGACGGAGAACACAAGCCAGGACCAGACGCGCCUUAUUCGCGCGUACGACACGAGCGUCGCCCGUCCCACUGGCCUAUAGAGUGAAGGUAGUGUCAUGCAUCACAAGUACCUCAGG